ACACUCGAAAUCACGACUUCUUGAAAACUGGUUUUGAGAAACAUUCAUAGACAAACAGAUCUUAGUUUAACCUUUACACACUCAGGUGAUCUACUUUUGACUGCAAUUUUUUGUCCUUAAAUGAAAAUUUAGUCAUUCAUCUUUUAAACUGACUUUUUAUAAUUAUCGCCAAAAACAUAAACCGUGUUGUCUCAAGAUGAAUGAAGUUGGUAGGAAUUCUGAUAAAAUUACAAUAAAAGUAAGGCAUUCGGAUGAGGAUUAUCAUGAGAUUACAAUUGAUUGGUCAAAUGAAAGUUUUGAUUUCAUGAAACAAUUGUUCCAUCAGUUAUCGGCUUACACAGGAAUACCAGUUGAACAUCAAGAGUGUGUCAGUGUACACAAUGUAAAUCCUCCUCUCAAUAUCGGUCUGGUAAACGCCGAAGUCAAUAAUGGACGCGGGCUCGAAUUUUAUGCUUGGGAAACAGAUACCAAAGAGCGUGCAAUGCGGUGUUUUCAUGAUGGCGACUGUUUUCUACUUCAGACAACGAUGAUAUCAUACGGUUUACAUCCUGGAAUUUGCUGUACGUAUGAACUGGUGCAUCGUGAUCUUGUUAGUGAAGUUGGAUGUAACCUUCAUUAUUGUCAUUACUUGGGCAUUCGAGCUAUCACGAAGAGAAUUUCAGAGCUGGUGAGUUCAGAUUACAUUCAAAAAAUUCUGAGCGUUGAGCGAGAAACAGAUGAAGAUCGGAAGAGGGUGCUACUUAAUUUGAACAUUUAUCAUCUUGAAGAGGUAAACUGCAGUGCAGUGGUCUCAGUUUAUCCAUAUUUGGGGUUUCAGAAUAACUAUUUGCGUUAUCGUGGUUAAACAAGCAAGACUGAAUGAGCGGAAUAAAAAAACAAGAACAGCAAAAUUAUUUGCGAGAAAAAUUGGAGACAAAAUUUUUAUUCAGCAACAGAAAACACAACUUUUCAAAAACUUUUUGCAUUAAAAGAUGAAAGUUUCAAAAACAUUUGACUACCAUUCGUAUCAGUAAAUGCAUUUCAUCCUCAUUUCUGGUCGGAUCUGAUUUGAAAAUCCCUCAAAACAAAUUGUUUGCCUCAAAUUUAAAUCUUUAUCUAUAAACUUGAAAUUCAAUUAAUAAUUAGUGAAAUUUGUCAAAUAAUACAAGUGUAUUUAUCAACAAAGAAAAUGUUCAACCUUGAAACCAUUGCUGGUUAAAUAGUCA